UAAGAGGAUCUAUAAAAUAGUAAUUUUACAAAAUUAUUAAAUUAAAAUAUUAGGUUAAGAGAUAAUAUUAGAGAAUUGGCACCUCAUAACAGAUCUUUUGAUUUAAUUUUAGUAACAAAUUCAAAUUGAAAUUUUUUUUUUUAUUUUAUAUUGUUUUGUAUACUGAGCAAGUACAGUACUUCAUUUUCUAUUAUUCAUGAAAUUUAUAAACAAUUUGGUGUGAGAGUAAUAUUAAAAAAUGGUUUUUAAAUGCCAAGAGGAUAGUUUCUUAAAAGAAUUUACUUCUAAAGUUGUGAAAUGUGAGAAAACCAAAGAUCCAAUAAUAGAAUAUGGGAAAACAAUCAAGUUUGAAGGCUACCAAGUUACUUUGGAGAACACCAUUUUAUUCCCAGCUGGUGGAGGCCAACCCCAUGAUAUUGGCUGGUUGAAUGACAAAGAAGUACUCCAAGUGCUGAGGAAAGGAGAUGAAGCUCUGCACUUUGUCAAUGAACCAUUAGAUGUAGGGACAGAAGUGACACAGAAGAUCAACUGGGACAGACGGUUUGACCACAUGCAGCAACAUUCUGGGCAACAUCUACUGUCAGCUAUUUUGGAGAAAGAGCACAAUUUACCAACCACAAGUUGGUGGCUCGGUGCAGAUGAGUGCCAUGUGGAGCUUGCUUCUAAUGUUAGUGAUUCCACUAUACAAGCCACCGAGGAUAGGUGCAAUGAGUUGAUACGAGCAGCUAUACCUGUCACCGUGAAGUUCUGUAAAGCUAACGAUCCAGAUUUGGCAGAGGCCCAUACGAGAGGGUUGCCCAAAGACUGUAUGGAAACAAUUAGGAUUAUUUGCAUUGGUAACAUUGAUGAGAACUUGUGUUGCGGUACUCAUGUAUCAAAUUUGAGCCAAUUGCAAAUGGUAAAAUUCCUCGGCACUGAACCAGGGAAGAAAGGCAAGACAAACUUGAAAUUCGUAGUCGGUAAUAGGGUCACUAAGUUCUUCCAACGAAUGUUGGACAGGGAAAAGGCUUUAACCGGAUUAUUAAAAAAUGAACCGAAUAAACACGAGGAACUAAUAGAAAAACUUCAAAAGAAACUUAAAGUGACCAAUAAGAAUUUACAAAACGUUUUAUCCGAAUUAGCCCAGUAUGAAGUGGACAAAAUAAAAAAUACACAACCCAGGCCUAAAUAUGUGUUCCUGUUUAAAAAGGAGGCAACUCCCGACUUCAACCGGGCUAUAUGUAAAGGUUUAGAGAAUGAGAGCCUAUUUCUGUUCCUGGUGUCUGAGGAACCAGACAAACCGAAAGAAGGACAAAUAAUUAUUCAGGGUCCAGAAGAGUACUGCAAUGCUUUAGGACAACAAAUUAUUGACUUAUUAAAAGGCAAAGGAACAUUUAAACACGGAAAGUUUCAAGGAAAAGCUGGCGACUUGAGUGCAAUUAAUAAAUGCAAAAAACUUAUAGAAGAUUACUUUAAUAAUAGCUUGUCAUAAAUUCACAAUAUUUUACUAUAAUAAGUAGUAUAAUUUGUUUUGUAAAUAACAACUGAAAAUAUUAAAUAUAGUACAUAAGUUACGAUUAUAAUUAUUAUAAUUUCAAACUAAGGAAUGAAAAUAACCAACAACCAACAAUUGCAAAAAAUAACAAUUUUAGAACAAAUUACUUUUACAUGUUAUAUACUAUUUAUGAAACAUGUGUUUUUAUUUUUACAUUGUUUUAUACAUAUAAAUUAACGGGAAUUUAAUGAGCUUACCAAGUGUUGUUUCCAACUUAAAUAACCUAGCGAGAAACACGACAUCCGGGUGAAUUUGGAAAAAAUACCGAAAUUGAGAAAUAUUACUUCAUUCAUUCAAUCCACGUGAAACAUACAAUUACUCCCUAAGAAUAUAGGUAACUCGAACCAACUCAAACUUUUCUUAAAACAUAUUUAUUUUUAUCUAUGGAUUUGUAACGGAAUUUAAUAAAUUGUAGAUCAUAAAUACAAAUAAAAAAAUCACACACACAUUUUUUAAAUUUACGUAAAACUUAUAUGCCAAUGUCAUAUAUUAUUCUUUCAAAUAAAAUGUGGCACACUUA